UUGUAUACAUAUUUAAACCAUAUAAAAGGUCCAUUAGAGAGCUGCGUUUUCGAAGGAGAAUAAGGCGGUGAAGAGAGAGAGAGAGAGAGAGAGGAGCUCGAGAACCAUGGAUACUCUGAUAAGAAACAGAGGCGUAUUCAGGGUCUCAGUGUGCGGGCAAGAAGAAGUGGAGCAUCUCUCAAGAGACAGCAGCCAUUACAGUCUAUCCACCGGAAUACUUCCUUCGCUCGGCGCCAGAAGCAACCGCCGUGUCAAGCUUAGGAGAUUCAUCCUUUCACCUUACGAUCGUCAUUACAGGAUAUGGCAGACUUCGCUGGUUAUUCUGGUUGUCUAUACUGCUUGGGUAUCGCCGUUUGAAUUCGGAUUCAUUAAGAAGCCGCAGGCGCCACUCUCCAUUACUGAUAAUGUUGUUAAUGGAUUCUUUUCCCUGGAUAUUGUUCUCACCUUCUUUGUUGCAUACAUGGAUAAAACUACCUAUCUACUCAUUGAUGAUCAGAAGAAGAUUGCUUGGAAGUAUGGCAGUUCCUGGUUGGUUUUCGACAUUAUAUCCACGAUACCAUCCGAACUUGCUCAGAAGAUCUCCCCUAAGCCACUACGCUCUUAUGGCUUGUUUAAUAUGCUUCGCCUUUGGCGUCUUCGCAGAGUUAGUGCCUUGUUUUCAAGAUUGGAGAAAGACAAGAACUACAACUACUUUUGGGUUCGAUGUGCUAAACUUAUUUGUGUUACUCUCUUUGCUGUUCAUUGUGCCGGAUGCUUCUAUUAUCUUAUAGCUGCACGAUAUCAUGACCCGGGAAGAACAUGGAUUGGAGCAUCUUUGGGAGACAAUUUCCAGGAACAGAGCUUGUCAAUUCAGUAUGUGACAUCGAUGUACUGGUCUAUCACCACACUGACUACUGUUGGCUAUGGGGAUUUGCAUCCUGUGAAUACAAGAGAGAUGGUAUUUGACAUUUUCUACAUGCUUUUCAACCUUGGGAUGACAGCAUAUUUGAUCGGUAACAUGACCAACUUGGUUGUCCAUGGAACCAGCCGAACGAGAAGAUUUAGGGAUACCAUUCAAGCUGCCUCGAGUUUUGCUCAAAGAAAUCAAUUGCCUCCUCGCCUACAAGACCAGAUGCUGGCACAUCUAUGUCUGAAGUUCAGGACAGAUUCGGAGGGGCUGCAGCAGCAAGAGACUCUCGAUUCCCUUCCUAAAGCCAUCCGUUCAAGCAUUUCGCAUUAUCUUUUCUACUCUCUUAUGGAUAAGGUGUACUUGUUUCGUGGCGUUUCUAAUGACUUGCUUUUUCAACUGGUCUCAGAGAUGAAAGCUGAAUAUUUUCCUCCAAAAGAAGACGUCAUCCUGCAGAAUGAAGCGCCUACAGAUUUCUACAUCCUUGUCACCGGUGCUGUGGAUCUUUUGCUUCUCAAAAAUGGAGUUGAACAGGUCAUCGGAGAGGCAAAAACAGGUGAUAUCUGUGGUGAGAUAGGUGUACUUUGUUAUAGGCCACAGCUCUUCACAGUGCGCACAAAACGAUUGUGCCAACUACUACGUCUAAACCGAACUACGUUCCUUAAUAUUAUUCAGGCCAAUGUUGGAGACGGUACAAUAAUCAUGAAUAAUCUCCUUCAGCAUUUGAAAGACAUGAACGAUCCAAUUAUGGAAGGAGUCUUAAUCGAGACGGAGAACAUGCUGGCCCGGGGUAGAAUGGAUCUACCUCUCAAUCUUUGCUUUGCCACACUCCGAGGAGAUGACUUGUUGUUGCAUCAGCUACUGAAAAGAGGGCUAGAUCCUAACGAGUCGGACAACAAUGGAAGAACAGCUCUGCAUAUAGCAGCGGCCAAAGGAAGCGAGAACUGCGUCCUUCUCUUGCUGGAUUACCAAACGCACCCUAACUGUAAAGACUCAGAAGGAAGUGUCCCGCUAUGGGAGGCAAUGUUAGGUGGCCAUGAUACCGUCGCCCAACUGCUGAAGGAAAACGGGGGAAACAUAAAUGCCGGAGAUGUAGGUCACUUUGCGUGCACCGCUGCCGAGCAGAAUAACUUAGAUUUGCUGAAGGAAAUUAUUCGAUACGGGGGCGACAUCACAUGCCCGAGGAUCAAUGGUUACACGGCUCUUCAUGUUGCAGUUUGUGAAGACAACAUUGAAAUAGUCAAAUUCCUUCUGGAGCAAGGCGCCGACAUCGACAAGCCAGAUGUUCAUCACUGGACCCCAAGGGAUUUAGCUGAGCAACAAGGACAUGAAGAAAUAAAGACCUUCUUCGAAUCGAGUAAAGAGAUGAAACCUCCAUCUAUCAUGUCAGUUACGGAAAAGCAGGAACCACGUUAUCUCGGGAGGUUUACAAGUGAGCCGGUCAUCCGGCCUGCAGCCCCGGAAACAGAUGGAUCCUGGGGCCAAUCCCGUCCGAGACGUAGGACUAGUAACUUCCACAACUCUUUGUUUGGCAUAAUGUCAUCCGCACACAACGUGGAGAGAGAGAUGCUACUGUCCGUUCAUCAACCAAAGAGUGUCAAGCAUUCUGGUUUAAACUCCGCUAGAGUGGUCAUUAGUUGCCCGGAAAAGGGAGAAACCGCCGGGAAACUAAUUCUACUUCCCGGGAGCUUCCAGGAGCUACUCGACAUCGGUGCUAAGAAAUUAGAGAUCUCCAGGGCUAAAAUUACGAGCAAAGGAGCCGAAAUCGACGACAUUGCGGUGAUAAGAGACGGUGACCAUCUUGUUUUCGUUAGUCAGGACCAAACGCAACAAGAAGAGCCUAGCAGCCAAAGCUUCCGACACGACGGGCAUUCAUAGACCAUCUGUGCACUUUCCUAACUCUCCUCCUCCCAAAUCGAAGCCGUUGCAACCCGUCGUCUUCGGAUAUAAAUGCGUCCGACACAAUGAUACUCGUUUAU